AUGGAAACUACGAUCUCCUAUUUAGCUCAAGACCCCAUUCUCGACAUCGAAAAGCCGUUCGAUACCGACGUCCCGGUUGAUCACAUCCCCGGCGCACGCGCCUCGAACCAUCGUAACGAUGAGAGAGAUGUGAAGGUGUAUCCAAUCACUGAUCUUAGCGAAUGGGACCUCGAGAAACAUGGUUUCUGCUUCAUCAGAGCAAAAACGGGACUGAAUGCUGAGGAUGCAUUGACAAGAAAGAGGGAGGUACAGAAAGGUUACUGGUAUGAGAUUGAAGCGAUCUUGCACGAGGCUUUCCCACAGUACUCGAGAAUUGAGUGCUAUGAUUGCACGGUUAGAAAGAGGGACCCGGAUUUCCCUACCAAUAUCAGGAUCUAUACCAAAGUCGAGCAGCCAGCACGAAGACCGCACAGUGAUUGUUCGCCCAGGGGCGCGCACAUGAAUCUUGAGCGUGCGUUCCCAGGACAGGAAAGCUUUUGGGAGGGCAAGGACUUCGAUAUUUUGAACGUUUGGCGACCACUCCGAGGCCCAAAUAAUGACUGGCCUCUGGCGAUGUGUGACUGGACGACUAUCGACCCUUCAAUUGACGUUCGCAUCAACGAUGCCAUCAGACGUGAUCGGGUUGAUGAGAAUGCCAUUCUGCAUUUCAAUGAGAACCAUAAAUGGUAUUUCAUGAAGGAUCAGUCGGUGGAGGACUUGAUUGUCUUUCGUAACGCUGAUUCCUUUGGGAAGCGUGCUCAAGGAUUCCACUGUUCGGUUUUGAAUCCGGAGACGAAUGGGCAGCUCAGGGAGAGCGUUGAAGUCAGCGUCGAGAUGAUUCUUCGUAUGAAAUGGGAAUCAACCAACACCAUUACCUGA